GGUCGAGCACGCUCUUCCCUCGCUCCUUCCGCGCCCGCUGCAGCCAUUUUGGUAGAGGCGUGCUCAAGUCAGGUCCACGCUCCGACACCCCCUGCGUGCCGCGCUCAAGCACCUGGACGGAGCGAUGUACUCGACGGAGCCACGCCACUACCAGCCGUCGCUGGUCCAGGUGAAGAACACGUUCAUUGACAUACAGGAGCACAGUAUCGACCAGGAAGAUGGCAUCGACCUCAACAAGUUUCGCGUUGACCUCACACGGCGCCAGGUCUCGGACCCUGGUUCGACCUGCUUCGUGCGCCAGUUCUCCGGGGUGACCACGCCGCUGUCGCGGGCUCCAGAGGACGAGGCCGUGAUGGAGCACGGCCACGGGGAGGGCGCCUUCUUGGGCGGCGCCGCCUCGCCGCCAGAGGCCCUCCGCCCGCCGACUCAGAAAAAGAAGCGAGAGCAGGAGGGAA